AUGCCCUCAGACCAAUCCACCUGGCUGAUAGCAUACCCUCAGGAUGGAGAUGCGGAAGGUCUCUUCGAGGAACUAUCGCCAAAGCUUGCCCAGCAGUCCAAGGCGAACGUUGCGGCCUCUUUCCCCAUUCCAACUUUCAAGACAGGGACGUUGGACGGGCUUAUAUCCCUCUCAGAAGACCUUCCCAAGCAAGAGAAUUUCUUCACUGCAACCGUUGCUAAAACCGUCGAUACGCUCCGCAACCUUCUGAAUAAUGACCCCUCCAAACUUAACCAGCAUGUCCUCGUCAACGAGGAGCCAGUCGAUGGGUACAUUUUAAAGGGAUGGAAAUGGAAUGAGGGCCGCUAUGGAGUACAGCGAGGACUACGAGAUAUUGUUGAUGCCCUCAACAAGGAAAUGACGUCCAUCGACGCAGCCAUGAAAGCGAAGCUCGCCAACUAUAACCUGGUGAAAGGCUCUCUGGUGCAAAUGCAACGCAAGAAGACGGGUAACCUCUCUGUCCGUUCGCUGGCCGAUGUUGUCUCCAAAGAAGAUUUUGUUCAAGACUCCGAGUAUCUUGAAACUGUUCUCGUUGCUGUCCCGAAAUCGAGCGUUAAGGACUGGAGCUCAAAAUACGAACGCCUUUCCUCAAUGGUGGUGCCCCGCUCCUCCAAAUCAAUUGCUUCCGAUGACGAGUACACACUGUUUGCGGUAGUGAUUUUCAGGAGGGUGCACGAUGAAUUCAUCCAGAAAUGCAGAGAAAACAAAUUCAUCGUGCGCGACUUUGUCUACUCGGAAGAGGAGAUGGCAAAACAACACGAAGAGUUGGAAACGGCUGAUACGACCGAGAAGGAAUUAUGGACGGAACUUCUUCGUUUGUCGAGAACAAACUUUUCAGAGUCCAUCCAAAUCUUGGUCCACCUCAAAGUCGUUCGCCUAUUUGUCGAGAGUGUGUUGCGAUAUGGAUUGCCCGCCAACUACACCGGACUCGCCGUCAAACCUGAUUCGAAAUCGGCCAAACGGACGUUUGGGGCUCUUCAGACCCAAUUCUCAUACCUUCGACCUCGGUCCAACCGUGCCAAGGGCGGGAAGGGCGGGAAUGACGAAUUUGUCGGCGAAUACCAGACGCUGAUGGAGCAGGAAUUCUUUGACUUCGUGUUGUGUGAGGUUGGGUGGAUAGUCUACUAG